UUACUUUAGGGUGUCCCAGAAAAAAUGCAACUUCAUGUCAUUUGUGCUUGAGAAUGCUAAACUGUAAAUAGGUUAGGAACUAUAGGCAGGAUGCACAGUUAGGGACCUGGGUUGUGGUUCAAUUCAUCGAUAUUGCUGUGAAAACUCCUACUUGACGUUGAUAUAGGCCCCAGUUUGGCCAUCCCCCAAACAUGGAUGAAGUUGAGAAGAAACUUGGUGAUCUCUCAGUUAAUGGCACCUUGUCAGCUGCUGGAUCUAAUGUGACGGAGAAUAAAGACCACAUAAACAAAAAGAGGGAAGACUACCUUAGCUGGGAAGAGUACUUUAUGGCUGUUGCGUUCCUCUCAGCGCAGAGAAGCAAAGAUCCAAACACUCAGGUCGGUGCAUGUAUUGUCAAUGAAGAGAAUAAGAUUGUUGGUAUCGGUUACAAUGGUAUGCCGAUCGGCUGCAGUGAUGAUGUCAUGCCGUGGAGGAGGAAAGCAAACGAUAUCUUGGACACGAAGAGACUUUAUGUUUGUCAUGCAGAGCUUAAUGCCAUUCUGAACAAGAACUCUGCCGAUGUCAAGAACUGCCGAAUUUACGUGGCACUUUUCCCCUGCAAUGAGUGUGCCAAGUUGAUUAUCCAGUCUGGGAUCAAGGAAGUCAUCUACAUGUCAAACAAAUAUAAACAACAAAAGGAAUUUAUUGCUUCAGAGUUUAUGUUACAGCAUGCUGGAGUAAAAUUGAGACAAUAUGUCCCGGAACGACAGAAAAUUGUGAUAGACUUCUGGAGUUUGGAUCCCAAGUGAUGCAAAAAUGGACGAAAUGGAUUUGUUUGGCCUUGUCUCUUGGAGUUAAUGGGCCUAGCUUAAGGAUGUUCAGCCAAACACUUUGUUUGGUUGUGUAGGCCUGCAGAUGACAGAGAUUAUUGUAAAUUCAACCCGUAUGUUUUCCAGAUACUAAGAAAGUGUUCAGUUUGACAAGUACAGUUGACGCUCUGCCCUUAUGUGGUAAUUAAGUCUAAAAUUGUAAUUUGGCCCCAAAUGUGUUAAUUUGAGUCUUGUAUGAAAUGUGCUACACAAUCACUGCUAUUUAAAAUCAUGUUGAGUAUAGUUUCAAACUACGGUAAACUGCUAAGAGUUUGUAUUUUGUGUUGUUCAAAAGUGUCCUAUCUGGUUCUGUCAGGUGGGAAUUUAAUAAAAUGGCUUUUGCAAUGUUAA